UAUGCAAUACUCCUCCUCCACUUUCUAAAAUAUUCUAAACAACACUUGAAAGUUACAACCUAACACUUUUACCUUAAAAAAUGCAGCCGGGACAAAAUGAGCCAGGUAGGUUUAUGUACUACCAAUGCAUCUCUUGUGAAAAACUCUUCCCUUCAAGCCAAGCUAUAGCUGGCCAUUCAAAAAGACACUUCAAGAAUGGUUGGGUUAAAGGAACUCGUCAUAGAAAUGUGUUUUUGCAAGAGGGUUCUACGCCCGAUUCAUCAAUUCCCUGGCACCAACAACAACAAGAGGUUUGUUCUACGGUGGCAUCUGACACUGAAUCGACAAAUGUCCAACAUUUGUCAAAAGGUGAUCAUGGCCAAAAUUUUGAAAACUCGGUGGCACGGCCCCCGUCAUCUCCAGCUUCAUCAUCAGCCUACCGUAGGCAUCGCUUAGGGGUUCGGGACCACAAGAUUCUUGCUAGGCUCAAGGGUCGUCUUACCAAAGAGGAGGAUGAUACCAUCAUGCUGCUUGUUGAGAUUGCUAAGAAACAGGCCAAAGAAUCAAGCAAGAAGAGCAUUGAGAUGGAGGUGAUCCCAAACAAGGAUUCAGAAGCAGCACCCAUGAUUAGAAUUGACAACAAAGAUAUUAUCAUCGUUGAGGACUCGGAUGAUGAGUCCAACAAUAUUCGAUCAUGAUAUGGCUAAAGCUAUGAUAUAGUUUCUUGGGUUUUUUUUUCUUACUAAAGAUUUUGAAAAGUUUUAUUUUCAUCCUGAGACAUUAUCAUAGUUAAAUAUGAUUUUGAUAUAUUAUUAUCGAAUUAUUAGUGAAGUGUUUUAUUGAAUGGACAGUCUUGUGGCUUU